GUGGAGCACAGAUAAAGCCACAAAACUUGUUUUUAUCUGUGGUUGUCUCAAUUACAUUUAAAUAUCAAACAAAGUAGACUGCUACAUUCGUUUCCUAAAAUAGAGAAUAACACAUACCUGUCAUCUACAUUCAGAUGUUUUUUGAUUACUUUCUGUACUUUGCAGGUGCAGAGUGAAUUGAUUGACAGUACUUGAAGAACAAUAUGCAAAGGAGGCAGCUGUAUGAUCCUGUUGGGGUUGUAACAAGCAACCUGGGUGGGUCUCCGCCUCCACAUCUCGAGCACAUAAAUAUCAAGACAGACGAAUUCAUUUGUGCAGUGGCUGUUUGACAUUAACCACGAACACAAUGGCAGCAGAUGCAAGCUUUCAAAAGGAGUUCCUGGAUACUCACAACGCCUACAGAGCACGGCACAACGCACCGCCUAUGACACUAAACAGUGAGCUGAAUGCUAAGGCUCAGAAAUGGGCAGAGCACUUGCUGGUUUUGGGUGCUCUAAAGCACAGUGACAGCAGUGAUGGCGAGAAUAUUUAUCACAAGUGGAGCUCGGCCCGUAUUAAAUUAACAGGAAAAGAAGCUGUUGACUCGUGGUACAGUGAAGUUAAGGAAUAUAAUUGGGGAAGGCCAGGAUAUCAAAGCAAUACAGGUCAUUUUACACAGGUUGUGUGGAAAGAAAGCACCCAGCUGGGAGUUGGUUUGGCCACUGAUGGUAACACAGUUUAUGUUGUUGGGCAGUAUCGACCUGCAGGAAACAUCAGCAUGGAGCAGUACUUCAUUGAAAAUGUCCUUCAACAAGCAUGAGGGAUGUGCAUUUUAUAGCUGGCGGAGGACCCACUGGUGGUGGCGAGAACCCAAAGGACACCUGCAUACUGUGGUAGAAAACCUUCAAUGUUGUACUGGAUUCAAGCCUGCGUAUGAAGACAUGUAUUGUGUUUUAAAAAUUGUAAAUGAUUUUUUAUACUAACAAAAAGACACGUUGUGGUCUGGGAAAUAAAUAAUCUAGCACUAUGGCUUGGUGAUAUUGCCUAAAAACGAAAUCUCCAUUUUUUAAAUUUUUUCCUACAAAAAAAUUGUGAGUCACAAUUUUUCUACCCCGUACUUUUUAAAGGGAACAAUAGGUACAAAUGGCAGAGAAAACUCAAAACAAGUUUUACUUCAUGCCUGGCAAUCCUAUUCAGUGUUUUGUUUGUGUGUUAGUAAUUGCCGGCAAUAAAAUUAGAAAACAAUUAUGUGCGUAUGCGACGUAAGAAGAAAAAAAUGGCUCUCCAUCAACAGCCGGUUGAAAUUGUUCACUUGAAACAGUCUGCACUAAGAGCCGUUUAGUUCGCAGUCAACACAGGUAAGCAGGCAGAGGCAGGUCUCGCCUUUAAUGUAUAUUGCAUAUCUCAUGGAUGCAAAAUAUGUGCUAUAACAAGAAAGGGGGUGGAGGGGUUGGGUGGUUUCGAAUUAUUGUGAACUUUUUCAACCCUCCACAAUAAUAAUUUUUAAAAAUUAUUUCAUCAAACCAAUGUAUCACUCCUAUCUAGAACAUACAAUAACUGCAUGAAUUAAUAGCAACAAUAUGUUGGGUUAUCACAAACAAUUUAAUGAAUAUUUCUGUUAUUGUUGUAUUUACUAAAUAUAAAUAUUAUAUAUAUGAAUAUUUGUUAUCGUUGUAUUUACUCAAUAUAGAAUAAAAUUGAUUCAUACAAGAGCUGACAAUUACUUUGCAUGUGAAGCUUUUAUAUGUAUACAAAAUCUGUUUCAGAAAUAAAUUCUUGCAUUAACCAUUACCAGUCUAUGUCUGUGGUAUGGUCCAUUUUCAGUUGUGGGGAUUGACUGAUUUAUGCCUUGAUGAGUCACCGAAAUG